GCCGCAGGAGUUCAGCACAUUGGAAGUGUCGGAAGUUUAGCAGCAGUGAUUUAGCCCGACAGGCUAACAGCGGAGACUCGGUCCCACCGUCAAAAACUUGGUUUUCUGCCACAAAAAAGUGCGUUUGGACGGAACCUCCCACCCCACGUUGAAGCACGGAGGAGUAUCGAUGGAUUUAAACCGUUUUUCGCAGUUUGAUUGGCACAAACGGGGCCGUUAGAGAGCUUUGAAAGAAGUUGUGAUUGUUUUUUGGCGCUCUGGCAGCGCAGAGGAAAGAUGGAGGAUCUGCGGGUGUAGCAGCGGCUAACGUUAGCUGGCUCCUCCGUCUACUGCCAGCGUCGGUCGGGGACAAACCUGAGCUGCUUCACCGCUGUGUGGAAAAGACUGGCCGCUGUGAUUCAACACGCUGACGGGGCCUGGUCUCUGUUGAUGUUUGCAGGUUCACUAAAGCAUGAGCGUCCCUCAGGCUCUGAGGAUGGGACCAGAGCUACCGGAGGCAGGAUCUAGAUGUCAGAUGGUGCUCUGAAGAAGCCAUGGGUAGCUGUCUAAGCUGUCCAGAGAAAGAGUCAAUUCCAGAUAAUCAUCAAAGUAAAUUCAAGGUGAUCAACGUGGACGACGAUGGGAACGAGCUGGGCUCUGGUGUGAUGGAGCUGACCGACGCCGAGCUCGUCCUCCACACCCAUCGCCGUGAUGACGUCAGGUGGCCUUACCUGUGCCUACGGCGCUAUGGCUACGACUCCAACCUGUUCUCGUUCGAAAGCGGUCGCCGCUGCCAGACGGGUCAAGGGAUCUUUGCCUUCAAAUGUUCUCGAGCUGAGGAGAUCUUCAACAUGCUGCAGGAGGUGAUGCACAGCCACAGCAUCAGUGUGGUGGAGGAGGCGGUGCUGGAGCCACAGCACCACAACACACACACUCCUGCAGCUCUGGGUUACUCUGUCCCCUCGGUUCCUAACGGGGUGACGAGGAUCCCCUCGGUGGGUGAGGCUCCAUCUCACCCCUCCAGCCGUCACCCGUCUGUGGCCAGCACCCGUCUGCCGUCUGUGGGGGAGGAGUCGACUCACCCUCUGCUGGUGGCUGAUGAAGCGGUCCACACCUACGUCAACACCACUGGUCUCCUGGAGGACCAGCCCAGUCCGCUGACCGUCACCACCCCCCUGGAGAGUCCCACCUCUCCCCAGUCGCAGUGUCCUCCGACCCCCCCGCCUCCUCCCAGGGUCCGCGCCGAGCCCCCGCCCCCGCCCCCGCCCCCCCAGCCGGAGCCCCAGGUGCUGCUGGAGCCUCAGGGGGUGCGGUUUGUCCUGGGCCCCACCCCCGUUCAGAGGCAGCUGAUGGAGAAGAGACAGCAGGAGCAGAAGGAGGCCGAGGAGCCGCAAGAGACUAACGGCCACGCCGAGGCCCCCGCCGAGCCCGCUCCCCCACACUCCAAUGGCUCCUCCUCCUCCAACCCGUCAACAGCUCCCCGCCGCCAUCGCCCACCCCCCCUCACUCCUGACCCGCAGAAUGUCAACAACUCGGCCCAGCGGCGCACCGCCCUGCUGGACUACGAGAACCUGCCAGCGCUGCCGCCGGUGUGGGAGGCGAGGAAGCCAAGCUCGGAGGAGGAGGAGAAUGGCGGUGGCCUGAAGACGCCGUCGAUCAACGGCUACAACCACCACCCCCACCAUGGCCUGCUGCACCACUCCUACUCCCAUCCCCUGUCCGCCGCCCUCGAGCCCUCGCACAACUACGUCAACACGGAGAACGUGACGGCGCCACUCAGCGCCCAUCGGCCGGACACAGCCCGCCGCCGCGCUGACGGACCCACCAUCUUCAACUUUGAUUUCCGCCGGCCGCCACUGCCGGGCCACGCCGAGCCGCCCAAAACCCUCAACUACAUCGAGGUGGAGAUGGACAGCGGCGCUGGGAACAAGGGCGCCUCGGACGGCAGCAACCCCCACACGCCCCGCACCCCCACCUCCCCGCUGCCCCCCACCACCCCCACCCGCCGCACCGAGCUCUACGCCCUCAUCGACAUCGAGCGCACUGCCGCCAUGUCUAACCUGCAGAAAGCCCGGCCGCGAGACGACGGCACGUCACGCAAGACGAGACACAACAGCACAGAGCUGCCCACCAAAAGCACUGCGUGACCCCCCAACCCCCCCCACCCCCCCGUAAAGAAGGAGCGGCUGUUUGUCGCAGCCACAGACUCCACUUGAAAACAGGAAACAUGACUUCCUGUGAGGUCACCUGCUCAGGUAGACCUGAAGAGGAACCUGGUCAUAGAGCAGUGAAUGAUACCUCUGAGUCAGAGCGAUGAUGAUGAUGAUGAUGAUGAUGAUGAUGUAAUAGACUCCUCCUCUUUAUAUGGUACAGAUCAGUAUUACUGAACAAAGCAUUCCAUUUAGCCUUUUAUAUGAUUCACUACAUGCUGCUGUAAUUCACUAUCUAAGGACCACAGUAUGUUUCAGUAUGUACAGUAGAUCCUGGCACAAUAAAUGUCUGUGUUUUUAUUUGUA